AUGAAGGUUUUCUCUUCAGUACUGUCACCCGGCAUCGACAACCUGGCCAUCGUGCCGAAGAGAGGGUCCGCCCCUCUGCUCCAAAAAGGGUAUUUCAUAUUCCUCGAAGAAGAAGAUAUGGACAAGGAGAAGAAGCGGCUGCCGCGCCCGCUGAAGCGUGUUCAGCAGACUGAUGGUGUACCAGCAAAGCGGCCGAAAUUUGUCAUUUUCGAAGACUACGACAACGACGAUGACGACGACGAUGAAGACGAAAGUCCCGAGGUCGCCGUCGCCCUACCACCACGCUCGCCGCCGAAAGGCAAAGAAAACCGUUGUCCUUUGCGCGGCAGCAUAAAAAGCCAAAGAUAUCAUCAAGGGAUAUGGUAG